GGUCAACAGAGCGACUCCGUCUUAAAAAACAAAAACAAAGAAAAACAAAAAACCUCAUGCUGCCUUCUCAAAGCCAGGAAGGUUAUAAAACCUGAAAUUUCAAAAUCAUUAUUAUUAUAACGUUUCAUUUGUGAAUAGCCACACAGUAUAUUAUUUAUAAAUGCAUAUAACCUUAUACACAAGAUUACAUGCAAACACCCUCUGGGGCGGGCCUGGCUCAGCUCAGGGAGGAAGCCCUUCCUGAGCAGGCUGCAGCUUAGGCGGUCACUCUUUCUUCAUUCAGCCCAGCGUUUGGUCACAUCUUCUGUCAAUCACGAACUGAGGAGGCGGGGAUUUAAGCGUCAUCCAAUCAGCAACACUGGGCUGGAAACCCUCCAAUCAGGCACUCAGCUGGAGCGGGCAGGACAGCUUCCGGAAUAUGGGGGCCUUUGUCUCCCGCUGCCCCUGGAGCUCUAAGUCUAGUCUUCAGAGGCCCAGUCUCCGUGACCUUGUGACCUGCAGGUAUUGGGAGAUCCACAGCUAAGAUGCCAGGACCCCCUGGAAGCCUAGAAAUGAGACCAUUGACAUUUAGGGAUGUGGCCAUAGAAUUCUCUCUGGAAGAGUGGCAAUGCCUGAACACAGCACAGCAGAAUUUGUAUAGAAAUGUGAUGUUAGAAAACUACGGAAACCUGGUCUUCCUAGGUAUUGCUGUCUCUAAGCCAGAUUUAAUCACCUGUCUAGAGAAAGAAAAAUAUCCCUGGAAUAUGAAGAGACACAAGAUGGUAGAUGAAUCCCCAGUUAUCUGUUCUCAUUUUGCCAAAGACCUCUGCCCGGAACAAGACAUAAAAUAUUAUUUCCCUGAAGUGAUACUGAGGAGAUAUGAUAAAUGUGAACAUGAGAACUUACAAUUAAGAAAAGUCUGUAAAAGUGUAGAUGAGUGUAAGGUGCACAAACAAGGUUUUAAUGGACUUAACCAACGUUUGACAACUACCCAGAGCAAACUUCAUCAAUGUAAUGAAGAUGAGAAAGUCUUUCAUAAAUUUUCAAAUUUAAAUACACACAAGACAAGACAUACUGGAAAGAAACCUUUCAAAUGUAAAGAAUGUGGCAAAUCAUUUUGUAUACUUUCACACCUAACUCGGCAUAAGGUAAUUAAUAUUGAAAAGAAACCCUACAAAUCUGAAGAAUGUAGGAAAGCCUUUAGUGUGUCCUCAAACCUUACUAAACGUGAGAGAAUUCAUCCUGUAGAGAAGCCCUACAUAUGUGAAGAAUGUGGCAAAGCGUUUAACUCUUCCUCACACCUGACUCAGCAUAAGAUAAUUCAUGCUAAAAAGAAACCCCACAAGUCUGAAGAAUGUAGGAAAGCCUGUAGUGUGUCCUCAAACCUUACUAAAUGUAAGAGAAUUCAUCCUGGAGAGAAGCCGUACAAAUGUGAAGAAUGUGGCAAAGCGUUUAACUGUUCCUCACACCUAACUUGGCAUAAGAUAAUUCAUACUAAAAAGAAACCCUACGGAUCUCAAGAAUGUAGGAAAGCCUUUAGUGUGUCCUCAACCGUUACUCAACAUAAGAGAGUUCAUACUGGAGAGAAACCCUACAAAUGUAAAGAAUGUGGCAAAUCCUUUAAGAGAUCCUCACACCUCACUGCACAUAAGAGAAUUCAUACUGGAGAGAAACCCUACAAAUGUGAAGAAUGUGGCAGAUCCUUUAGGAAGUCCUCACACCUUGCUGCACAUAAGAGAAUUCAUACUGGAGAGAAACCCUACCAAUGUGAAGAAUGUGGCAAAGCUUAUAAAUGCUCUUCCGCCCUUACUAGACAUAGGAGAAUUCAUACUGGAGAGAAACCCUACAAAUGUGAAGAAUGUGGCAAAGCUUAUAUCUGCUCUUCAACCCUUAAUAAACAUAGGAGAAUUCAUACUGGAGAGAAACCCUACAAAUGUGAAGAAUGUGGCAAAGCUUAUAAAUGCUCUUCAACCCUUAAUAAACAUAAGAGACUUCACACUGGAGAGAAACCCUACAAAUGUGAAGAAUGUGGCAAAGCUUAUAAAAGCUCUUCAAGCCUUACUAGACAUAAGAGAAUUCAUACUGGUGAGAAACCCUACAAAUGUGAAGAAUGUGGCAAAGCUUUUUACUGUUCCUCACACCUUACUAGACAUAAGAGAAUUCAUACUGGAGAGAAACCCUACAAAUUUGAAGAAUGUGGCAAAGCUUAUAACUGGUCUUCAACCUUUGCUAAACAUGAGAAAUCAUGCUGGAAAGAAACCCGACAAACAUGAAGAAUGUGGCAAAGCCUUCAACCAGUACUCAACUCUUACUAAAUAUAAGAAUUCAUUUGGAAAAUAAACCCUACAAAUGGUGAAGAAUGUGAAAAA